GUUUCCGGAGCGGAUCGCAACCCGGAGUCCGGAUCCGAUCCCGCUCUGCACAUUCCAAAGGCAGGUGGCAGCGAUGGCUGAGGACGGCAGUGAGGAGAUCAUGUUCAUCUGGUGUGAAGACUGCAGUCAGUACCACGACUCCGAGUGUCCGGAGCUGGGCCCCGUGGUCAUGGUCAAGGACUCCUUCGUGCUGAGCAGGGCCAGGUCGUCCCUCCCCUCCAACCUGGAGAUCCGGCGGCUGGAGGACGGAGCCGAGGGCGUGUUCGCCGUGACGCAGCUCGUCAAGCGGACCCAGUUCGGCCCCUUCGAGUCCAGGAGAGUCGCCAAGUGGGAGAAGGAGUCCGCGUUUCCGCUGAAGGUGUUCCAGAAGGACGGGCACCCCGUGUGCUUCGACACCUCCAAUGAGGACGACUGCAACUGGAUGAUGCUGGUGCGGCCGGCGGCGGAGCCCGCGCACCAGAACCUGACGGCCUACCAGCACGGCGGCGACGUGUACUUCACCACCUCCAGGGACAUCCCGCCGGGCACCGAGCUGCGCGUGUGGUACGCCGCCUUCUACGCCAAGAAGAUGGACAAGCCCAUGCUGAAGCAGGCCUGCCCCGGGGCCCACGCUGCAGGCGCCCCGGAGAGCAGCGCCCCGGUGGAGUCGGAGCCGAGCCAGUGGGCGUGCAAGGUGUGUUCCGCCACCUUCCCGGAGCUGCAGCUCCUGAAUGAGCACCUGCUGGGCCACUUGGAGCAAACCAAGAGCCUCGCCCCGGCCAGCCAACAGCAACAGGAAGAGGCUCCGGACAAGGAACCAGACGCAUCUCGGGGGGAGCCUCCCGCAGUUCCCAAGAGCAUGAGUGCCGCCAAAGAGCAGAAGAAAAAGCCUCGAAGAGGGAGAAAACCUAGAGCCUCGAAACCAGAGCAGCCGCUGGUCAUCAUUGAAGGCAAGGAGCCGGCAGAGCAAGUGGCGGAGAUCGUCACCGAGGUGCCACCGGACGAGCCGGCGGCUGCGACCCCGGAUGAGCACAUCGUGGAGCUGGUUUUGGGGAAGCUGGCCGCCACCCCCAGCGACGCCACUUCCAUGCCCAAGUUCCCCCAUCACCAGAGCAGCAGCAUCACGCUCAAGAGGAGUCUGAUCCUCUCCAGCCGGCACGGCAUCCGGCGGAAGCUGGUCCGGCAGCUGGGGGAGCACCGGCGGGUGUACCAGUGCAGCACCUGCAGCAAGGUCUUCCAGAACAGCAGCAACCUGAGCAGGCACGUGCGCUCGCACGGUGACAAGCUGUUCAAGUGUGAGGAGUGUGCAAAGCUGUUCAGCCGCAAGGAGAGUCUGAAGCAGCACGUCUCGUACAAGCACAGCAGGAACGAGGUGGACAGCGAGUACAGGUACCGGUGCGGCACCUGCGAGAAGACCUUCCGCAUUGAGAGCGCGCUGGAAUUUCACAACUGCCGGACAGGAGCCCUAGCACACCCGGGAGAGGGGGGGACCCGUGGCCGGCGGCUUAGAGACCUACCAGAUGACAAGACGUUCCAAUGUGAGAUGUGUUUCAGAUUCUUCUCCACCAACAGCAACCUCUCCAAGCACAAGAAGAAGCACGGGGACAAGAAGUUCGCGUGUGAAGUCUGCAACAAAAUGUUCUACCGCAAGGACGUCAUGCUUGACCACCAGAGGAGGCACCUGGAGGGCGUCCGGCGGGUGAAGAGGGAAGACCUGGAGACCAGCGGUGAGAGCCUGGUCCGCUACAAGAAGGAGCCUUCGGGGUGCCCCGUGUGCGGCAAGGUGUUCUCCUGCAGGAGCAACAUGAACAAGCACCUGCUGACCCACGGCGACAAGAAGUACACCUGCGAGAUCUGCGGCCGCAAGUUCUUCCGCGUGGACGUGCUCAGGGACCACAUCCACGUCCACUUCAAGGACAUCGCGCUGAUGGACGACCACCAGAGGGAAGAGUUCAUCGGCAAGAUCGGCAUCUCUUCGGAGGAAAACGACGACAAUUCUGACGAGAGCGCAGACUCGGAGCCUCACAAGUACAGCUGCAAAAGGUGUCAGCUCACCUUCGGCCGGGGGAAGGAGUACCUGAAGCACAUCAUGGAGGUGCACAAGGAGAAGGGCUACGGCUGCAGCACCUGCAACCGGCGCUUCGCCCUGAAGGCCACCUACCACGCCCACAUGGUCAUCCAUCGGGAAAACCUGCCGGACCCCAACGUGCAGAAGUACAUCCACCCGUGCGAGAUCUGCGGGCGGAUCUUCAACAGCAUCGGGAACCUGGAGCGGCAUAAACUCAUCCACACGGGUGUGAAGAGCCACGCCUGCGAGCAGUGCGGGAAGUCCUUUGCGCGGAAGGACAUGCUGAAGGAACACAUGCGGGUGCACGACAACAUCCGGGAGUACCUGUGCGCCGAGUGCGGGAAAGGUAGGUGUGGGGCCCGGCGCCCGGCCAGGUGCACACACCUGGGUCACAGUGUGUCGGCCACGCGCUGCUCCCGGGACCCCGAGGAGAUGGGUUUACACUUCACGCAGCAGAGCGCCCACCAGAGGCGACAGACACACGGCACUGUUACCACCCAGCGCGCGCCAGGCGCGCUGUCUCCAUGGAGCCCCGCGGCCAUCCCAAGAAGGGACCCUAUUCCCCCUAUGCAAGGACCAGCCAACUCGCCCACGGUCCGGGUGCCGGGGUCCCACCCAGGAGGGUCCCCGUUCCAGCCUCGUCCUUAG